AUGAGUGCCAUGGCCGAAGAAGUCGCCUUCUCGGACGGACCGAGGAAACACAAUCGCAUGACGUGCUCUAAUGAAAGUAGGCAUGAUCAAAGCAUCUGGAAUGACGCCAUCUCCCGAUCUGGUCUUGAUAGCGAGCAGAUAUUCAUGGCCAUCAAAAAGUUGCUUCGUUGUACCGUCUGCUUGGAAUACCACACAGAAGCUAAUCAGUGCAAGAACGGCCAUCUGAUUUGCCGACAAUGCACGCAUCAGUUAGAGCGAGGGCUGCAGCAGGAGACAAAUAGAGGCACCUGUCCAACCUGCAGAAUCACCCUUUUUCCAGGAAUAUCACGUUGUCUUCUGGCGACUCAGUUGUCAGCUGAGUUGCCGACCCCUUGCCUAUUUUGCAACCUCUACUUUCGCCAAAGUGAACUUGAGCGCCACGAAACAAGUUUAUGCCUAAUGCGACCGGUGAAGUGUAAGUACAAUAUUUUCGGUUGUCUGUGGAAAGGCAAAGCUAACGAGGCACCCAGGCACGAAAGAAACUGCUCAGUUUCCAAGCGGUCGGUAAGGGAUGUGGAGGCCAUAAUUCAAGAGAAAUUUUACCAACGCUCUAAAAGGUCAAACGACAGCAGCAAUUCUUGGCAUGAAAUAGUAAAUCUAUUCAAGGAACGACCCCUUGGAGUCUUUGUUUGUGUUCGAGAGGCCACGCUACAUCAAGUGAUGCGCGAAAACAGGAGAAACGAGUUUCGUUUCCAGUGCACAACAGGCCAGCUUUCUCAGACAGGCCAAUUCAAUGCCACAAUCGAGCUCACUAUUAAUUUGGAUGAGCUCAAAUUUUAUUAUCGUACUAAAUUGCACUCCGGAUUUACAGAAUUAGUGAAAUUCCGACUGCUAACUAUUCAUGGCUAUGAUUUGGACAUUCCAACUGCUGACAGGCUUCGCGCGCCCAAGUCUAAGCACUCGCAUGAGUGGCAGAAGUUUCAUUGUCAUUUUAACGUUUGUGACAGCAAACUUAUGGCAUUGGCCAACAAGUUUACUGAGCUGGCUACCGAAAACGGUGCCGACUUUGCGCUUAGACUGGAAUUUUUGGUCAUUUUUGAAAAUGUGCAUGCUGUACGCAUGUCUCGCGGGGACUAUCAUGGAUGGAAUGUAGUCAUUCCAGCAUCACCAACAGAGUCCCAAAUAAACGAGGAUACCUCAGAAGCGCCUGCACAAGAGGACUCGACGAGACUAAAUAACAACGGGCAUCAUGAAGAAGAUGAUGAAGACGAAGACAACAUAACGCCACCUCCCGUGGUGAAUAAUAACAGAGGUCAGAUGGAAGGCACAUGGGAUUCGACACCCGAUGAACUGAACAUUCCCCCUGAAAUCGCGGAGGGAUAUCGUAUUUUCAUUGAUGAAGUGACUGAAGGAGUAGUUGUGGCUAUGAAUGAGGCCGCAAAUCGAGAAUUGCAACGUGAGGAUGUAGCGAGAGUUUUGAGGUUCGAGGAACUUCCACCUUCAAUUAGUAUGAGAAAUAAUAAUGCCUUGGGAAGGUCUGAAAAUGAAGCAAAUGACUUACUAAUUCUGGGCGAAUUGGAGGCAGAAAAAGUGGGAGAUGAAUCCAAACCCGUUUCUGAGAAUGAAAGCGAGGUGACAAAUGAUGAUGAUGAUGACGAUGAUGAAGGAUCACCAAGAAACUGUAGUAAUGUCGGCAAAAUUCAUGCUUCAGAUAAAUCACCACGAGUCGUGAGAUCUGAAGCCCAUAUUAAAGCGACUAGUAGUGAUAAACAUUCACAAAGGAUCGCAUGGAAAAGCAAAACUACCACCACCAAACGAUUUGGUCAAACUUUUGACCGAUUAGCGCCGUACUUGACAAGAGGGCACAUGUGGCAGAACUUUGAAGCUAUGAAAUGUAAAAUGAAAAGAAAUCGUAAUGUCAAAAGAAAUUCGAAAGUUUUCAAACGUCGUAAAGUGACAAAGCCUCGAAAGAGGAUAAGUAAGGACAUUUUGCCCGCAACACCAGGACUGGCAGGCCACAUGGUAACCCUUCUAACACCGAUCACCAGCUAUUGGAAGACUAUGAAGAGAAUUAGUGUAGAUUUGCUUGAGAAGGGACAUCAGAUGUUGAAAUCACUUCGCACCUCAAACAGAGAAACAGACUCCCAAAACCUGAUGGAAAUGCCGACCCUAUCGCGCAGAACAGCAACAGCAGAGUGGAUUGCACAACCGAUUGGAGAUGGAAUGAUUGCAAGAUCGGGCGGUGAUACGCCCGGCUGGCUUUUCAAUUAG